AGUUAUUUUGAAAUAUAUUUUUUCAUUCAUAAAGUGAUGCCAGUUUGAGUUCGUGUUUGUGAUAGGUCCGUCGCUGGUUCUGGCUGGUCUCUGGUUGGUUUUUUUAAUUUGUUGGGGCUGGAAUAGGAGUGGGCUGGUUCUCAGAGUGCUUCGACGAAGAGCGCAGAGACUGAAGUUUGCACCAGUUUGCCUUCCAAUUCAGUCGGAGUCUCAAUUGCAGCGACGCGGCAAGGGACAGACGCACAGUCAGAACUCAGGAUACCCAUUCAGACUCUGAGGCAAGGUUAAAUCUUCCGAAACUGCCACAACGCAACAGAGCUGUAAUUCGAUUGCCACAACUCCAGAAUUGAAUCGAGGAAUCUAUUGAACACUGAAAAGGAAAACUUUGUUCCAUUUUUUGUUUGAUGUAGUUUAAAAAAAUAUUAUUUAUUGUGGUGGUCCUACAAUUGUGGGCUGGUGCAACAUUAAACCAGUUUCCAACUAUUUCCAUCAUACCUCAGUCUAAAAGGAGAAUGAGGCUGUUUUUCGGACCUCAGGGCUGGCCUCUGGCCAUGGCUCUGGUGCUGGGGGUCGUAGUCAGUCAGAAGCUGCCCACGCGAGAUGAGGGCCUGUUCCAGAUGCAGAUCAGAGACAAGACUCUGUUCCACGACUCCUCCGUCAUCCCAGAUGGAGCGGAGAUCAGCGGAUACCUGUUCAGGGACACGCCCAAAAGCAGAUACUACUUUGUGGUGGAGGAGGACAACACCCCGCUGUCUGUAACGGUGACUCCGUGUGACGCUCCUCUGGAGUGGACACUCACUCUGCAGGAGCUGCCCGAGGAGGCCAGCGGAGAUGGAUCAGGUGAGCCAGAACCCUUGGAGCAGCAGAAGCAGCAGCAGGUGACGGUGGAUGAGGGUACAGAGCUCUUCUCCUACAAGGGGAAUGAUGUGGAAUCCUACGUGGCCGCCAGCUCCCCCUCAGGCCUCUAUCAGCUGGAGCUGCUCUCCACAGAGAAGGACAGCAACUUCAAAGUGUACGCCACCACCACCCCAGAGUCUGACCAGCCCUACCCUGAGCUGCCUUACGAUCCUCGGGUGGACGUGACUUCCCUGGGGCGUACCACCGUCACCCUGGCCUGGAAGCCCACCCCCACAGGCAUUCUGAUGGGACAGCCUGUCCAGUACUGUGUGGUCAUCAACAAGGAGCACAACUUCAAAAGCUUGUGUGCCGCUGAGGCUAAGAUCAGCGUCGACGACGUCUUCAUGGCCGCUCCGAAGCCGGGCCGGGACUUCAGUCCCUUUGACUUUGCCCACUUCGGCUUUGUACCCUCAGACAAUGACUUCAACAAAGGCCGUGGUCCCACCAGCAACAAGAUCUCCCGCUCCUUCGCAGUCAAGCCCAAGGCCUCAGACAUUCAGAAACUCUGCAUCGGCAACAAGAACAUCUUCACUGUGUCGGACCUGAAGCCAGACACUCAGCACUACUUUGACGUGUUUGCCGUGAACACUGCCACCAACACCAGCACCGCCUACGUGGGUACCUUUGCUCGCACCAAGGAGGAGGCUCGGCAGAAGACGUUGGAGCUGAAGGAUGGCAAGGUGUCCGAUGUCUUCAUCAAGAGGAAAGGCAGCAAAUUCAUGCGCUUCGCCCCGGUCUCUUCUCAUCAGAGGGUCACCCUGUUUGUACAUGCCUGUCUGGACUCUGUGCAAGUGCAGGUGAGGCGUGAUGGAAAGCUGCUGCUGUCCCAGAAUGUUGAGGGGGUACGGCAGUUCCUGCUACGAGGGAAGCCCAAGGCCAAGUACCUGAUUCGUAUGCGAGGCAGCAGGAAAGGAGCAUCCACCCUGAAGGUUCUGGCCACCACAAAGCCCAGCAACAAGCAGCCCUUCCCAUCACUGCCCGAGGACACGCGCAUCAAAGCCUUUGACAAGCUGCGUACCUGCUCUUCUGCCACAGUGGCUUGGCUAGGAACGCAGGACCGGAACAAAUACUGUGUCUACAAAAAAGAGGUGGCCGAGAACUACGGUGAGGAGCAGCGGCGUCGUGAGCAGAACCAGUGCGCUGGGCCGGAAACGCGCAGGAAGUCAGAGAAGGUCCUGUGCAAGUACUUCCACAGCCCCAAUCUGCAAAAGGCCGUUACCACGGAAACCAUCACAGGGCUAGAGCCGGGCAAAACCUACCUUCUGGACGUUUAUGUGGUGGGCCACAGCGGUCACUCAGUCAAAUACCAGAGCAAACUGGUGAAAACAAGGAAGUACUGCUAAAAGACUGCACAGAAUAAAUCUAUUAUAAAUAUAUAUAUUAAAAAAGUUUUAUUUAACUCUAAGUGAUAUUCUACUAAGGAGUGUAUACAGACUACUCACACAGCUGAUGGGCCUGUGGCAGAGACUGAACUGUUUGUAGAGAGAGAUAUUGUAUAUUUGUGUUUACAUUUCAUUGUUGGCACGUUUUUGAGUAACUCAUAGCAAGAGGAGCUCUGUUGCUUGUGCGUGGAGUCCGAGUAUCUCGAUGUCAACAAGGAGACUUCAGAGAUUCGGAGAACAGACUGUUUAUUCUUGUGCGUCUCUCUGUCACUGCAUGACUCUUGCGUUUGUCUGUCAUAAGUGUUUGUUCCUUCAGUUUCAAUUCCUGUUGACCUGAAGGGAAACAAUAGCUACCAGCCUUGUAUAGUUCUCUCGGUGCAUUAUUUACAGUUAGGAGAGAUUUAAAUUAUUUUAUACUUCUUUGCCUCUUUUGGUUUGAUUGUUUUUAUUGAUGAUGACUAUUACUGUUAUGAGGAAAUAAUUGAAAUUCUAUGAGGAAGUUGUCGUUGUGGAGACAUUCCCUUGUGUAUCUCAGCCAGUGUGCCCUCUAGAGGCCGUCUGUAAAUGUGUUCUGUGCUGGAGGUCUGUGUUAUCACUGUAUUACUGUGUCACAUGUACAGAGUUGUCCUGCCAAUAUUCAUGUACAUAAACGCUAAAUAUAAAACAAGUAA